AACACUUUUUGCUUUUGUUAUUCUGUGCAUGAUUCCUCAUUGUGCGACGUAAAAAAGUUAUUUUAUUUCUUAUAAUUAUUUUUUUUCUAUUUGUUGUUGUUAUUUCUCAUUCUUAUUUUUAUCCUUAUUCUGAGACAUAUUUUCUUUUCUUAUUCUUAUUGACAGUGUCUUAUUGACCCUGCUGGUCAAACCAGAUUAUUUGAAGGUGACAGAUGGUGUUAGCAAAGUGUCCGUCUUCACGAUCUCACCUCUCUCUCCUUCCAGCCGCCUCUUUGGAACUGAUUUCAUAAAUUGCUGUAGCUGCACUCAUGCCCUGGACAAGACCACAGGUGGAUAUGGAUGCAGGUGGCACAGAGGUCAUGGAGCACUUCAACAUAGAUGACCACCACUACGAGGGCUCCCUGUUCCCCACCUCCACCCUCAUCCCCGUCACCAUCAUUUGCAUUCUCAUCUUGAUUGUCGGAGUGACGGGAAACACCCUGACCAUUCUCAUCAUCCAGCAUUUCAAGGACAUGAAGACCACCACCAACCUCUACCUGUCCAGCAUGGCAGUGUCUGACCUGGUCAUCUUUCUCUGCCUGCCCUUUGACCUCUAUCGCCUGUGGAAGUACGUGCCCUGGCUGUUCGGCGAGGCCGUGUGCCGCUUCUACCACUACAUCUUUGAGGGCUGCACCUCCGCGACCAUCCUCCACAUCACGGCCCUUAGCAUCGAGCGCUACCUGGCCAUUAGCUUCCCUCUCAAAAGCAAAGUGAUGGUGACCCGGCGCAGGGUGCAGUACAUCAUCCUGGCCCUGUGGGUGUUCGCCCUGGUUUCUGCCGCCCCCACUCUUUUCCUGGUCGGGGUGGAGUACGACAACGACACACACCCGGACUUCAACACAGGUCAGUGUAAGCACACCAGCUACGCCAUCAGCUCCGGGCAGCUGCACAUCAUGCUCUGGGUCUCCACCACCUACUUCUUCUGCCCCAUGCUCUGCCUCAUCUUCCUCUACGGCUCCAUCGGCUGCAAACUGUGGAAGAGCAAAAACGACCUGCAGGGACACUGCGCCCUGGCCAGAGAGAGGUCACACAGACAAACGGUCAAGAUACUGUUGGUGGUGGUCUUGGUCUUCAUCAUCUGUUGGCUCCCAUAUCACAUUGGCAGGAACCUCUUCGCCCAGGUGGAGGACUAUGAAACCGCCAUGCUGAGCCAGAAUUUCAACAUGGCCUCCAUGGUGCUCUGCUACCUCAGCGCCUCCAUCAACCCCGUCGUCUACAACCUCAUGUCCCGAAAGUACAGAGCUGCAGCCAAACGUCUCUACCUGCUGCACCGGCGGCCAAGACAAGCACGCAGCACCGGGGGCGGAGGCCAGAGACAACUGACGGAGCACAUCUCCACCCUAACUGAGAGCAUGAGUGUGGUGUGACACGUCGGUUCUCUGUGACAUCACGCACAUGAGUUCACUUCAGUUUUACAUUUUACAGCUACACAGACGUGAGGAAUAUGUUUUUGACAGUUUUAGAGCAGAACAGAACUACAAUGGAAAGAAAAGAUGAACAAUAACAGGAACUAGUUUAAUUAGAUUUUUUUAAAUGCUACAUUCUCUAUGAAACAUUUAAAAAAAUAUAUAUCAUAGUCGAUGUUGAUAAAAUAGCUUAAAUAUCAAAUUUUUCCAUUUUACUGUGGUCUAUAAUUAACAUUUAACACCACGACAACACUUAGCACCUUCCUGUUCUGACGUUCUAAACCUUUAGCGGUCUGAAAUGUGAGUAGUUACUUUUAGAUUUAAAUAUCUGUUAGUCCUGAGGAAUAGACAAGACCAUAAUGUUCUAUGAACACCUGUUAAACUGCAGGGCUACUGUACAUGUCAACUGUUUUCUGCUGUGGUAGAUUUUUGGUGUCAUGUGAUUUAAAUUGAUUUGAUAUAUAAUGAACAGCAGCCAUUAAUCUGUAAGUGUUGGUGUGAAUCAAGAGGAAAAUAUUCUUAGCAAAAGGUGAUAGUUUUUAGAAGUACAGAUCUGAUACUGGGUUUUCUAGUGUCCUUUAGAUUAGAUUCAUAUUUAGAACCAUCAUGGUUAAUAGUGGGAUCUAAGCCUGGUUCUGGCAGAACCGUAUUUCCUCCUGUCGGCCAUUACCAGGUUAUCAUUAGUGGACUUUAUUUUAUUUUAUAUUUAAUGGCCUUGAAUAAUUAGGGCAUAAUCUGAAACACGGAUGACAGAAAACUUUGUGAUGCGUACUG